UAUAAAACUCGAGAGGGCUAAAGUGCGAAACACAGCCACACGGGACUCUCAUAAUUGAAUUCGCUUCUUCCUUGCUGCUCAAAGCCUAGGGUUUAUCACAUCCCCCAAUUUCUCCAUGGAUUUCGAUGAGUACGAGUAUCUCGAGAAGACUGUUGUUGAUCCCGACGCGUCCGCCGCCAAGGACGAUGUCGUUUCGGAAAAGGCCGACAAAUCUCACCGGAGGAGAGACAACGACGACGAGGAACGAAGGAGCAGGAAGUCUCGUGGCGAGGAGGAUAAGGAGAGAGAUAGAGAGAGGUCGUCAAGGCACCGGAGCGACAGAGAGAAGGAGAGAGACAGGGAGAGAGAUAGAGAGAGGGAUAGGGAGGGAGAUCGGCAUAGGAGUAGUCGAGACAGGGAGAGAGUAAGGGAGAGAGAGGAGAGAGAGAAGUCGAAGGAGAGGGAGAGGAGGUCGAAGGAGAGAGAUAGGUCCAGGGAAAGAGAGAGGAGGUCGAAGGAUAGGGAGAGGUCAAGGGAAAGAGAGCGGUCAAGGUCGAGGAGGAGUAGGAGUCGUUCGAGAAUUGAUCGGGAGCUGGAACGGGAGAAGGAGUUGAUUCGAGAACGAGAGAGGGAGGAGCUGCGAGAGAGCAGGAGAUAUAAAGACAAAAAAGAAGCGGCAGAGCCUGAAGCUGAUCCAGAAAGAGAUCAGAGAACAGUAUUUGCUUACCAGAUGCCUCUCAAGGCGACUGAGAGGGAUGUUUAUGAGUUCUUUUCAAAGGCAGGAAAGGUCCGGGAUGUUCGGCUGAUUAUGGACCGGAACUCCAGACGUUCAAAAGGAGUUGGGUAUAUUGAGUUUUAUGAUGCGAUGUCUGUGCCAAUGGCUAUAGCGCUCUCUGGUCACCUACUUCUUGGACAGCCAGUAAUGAUUAAACCCUCAGAGGCAGAAAAGAACCUUGUUCAGUCAAACGCUUCUGCCGGUGGUACUGGUGGUCUUUCAGGGCCUUAUGGGGCUGUUGAAAGAAAAUUAUAUGUGGGCAAUUUACAUUUCAAUAUGAAAGAAUUGCAGCUUAAGCAGAUUUUUGAAGCUUUUGGUCCAGUCGAGCUUGUUCAAUUACCUACAGAACCUGAGACGGGACACUGCAAAGGUUUCGGCUUUAUUCAAUUUCAACAACUUGAACAUGCAAAAGCAGCUCAAAGUUUGAAUGGAAAAUUAGAGAUUGCUGGUCGGACAAUCAAGGUUUCAUCUGUUACAGAUCAUGUUGGUGCACAAGAUACAGGAGCUAAAGCUGCGGACUUUGAUGAUGAUGAAGGUGGUGGUUUGGCUUUAAAUGCUCAGUCCAGAGCGUUGCUCAUGCAGAAGUUGGACCGCAGUGGUACUGCCACCAGUUUUGCUCCUGCGGUUAAUGGUGCUGCUCCAGUUCAGCAAUCCAUCAGCAUGCCCAUCAAUGGGGCUCCUCUUGCAACUCUUCCAACACAAAUGUUCGCUCCUUUGGUAGCAGAACCUAUUGGAGUUCCUAGUGAGUGUUUACUCUUGAAGAAUAUGUUUGAUCCCGCAACUGAGGAGGAUCCAGAGUUUGAUUUGGACAUAAAAGAGGAUGUGCAUGAAGAAUGUUCCAAUUAUGGUCGUGUAAAACAUAUUCACGUGGACAAGAACAGUGCUGGUUAUGUUUAUUUGAGAUUUGACUCUGUCGAAGGAGCAGCACGCGCCCAACAGGCGAUGCACAAGAGAUGGUUUGCUCGAAGAUCAAUUUCUGCCAUCUUUCUGCAACCUUACGAGUAUGAUGCCAAAUUUAAAGGCGCGGUUUGAAGCAAUUGCAUUAAAUUGGCCACAGGGGUCAGAAUAGGGCGUUCCUGUAAUGUUAUAUUUCUUUUAAAUCAUACCAGUUUAGAUUACUUGAAAGUGUUUACCUAGGCAGAUCUUCUGCUGCUAUGGAUAUUUUAAGAUGUUGAAUGUAAUUUAAAUCGGAUAUUAUAUGCUGUUAUCCAGAUGUGUGAAUGUUGAAUUCGUAUUAGUCUUUUGUGACUGUUGAAAUUGUUAACAUUUUUGUUUAGGAAAGUGAAUUAAAUGUCAACAUUCUCUGAA